AUGCCAAAGGAGGCCCUCUUGAACGCCCUGGACGAACUCGGAAAAAACGACUUGGAGCGUUUCAAGUGGUUCCUGAAGGACGAACGCCUUCAAGACUCCUCGACCAUCCCGGUGAACAAGCUGGAGGAUGCGGAGACGUGGUACGUCGUUGAUUUGAUGAUCCAGACCUACACGGUUCCCGGAGCUGUGACGGUGACCAAUCAGGUCUUGAAAAAGAUCAACAGAAAUGAUCUGCUGCUGCAAAAAGAUGAAAUCACUUUGCAACCAAAGUCAGCAUCCAUCUUAAAUUACCAACAAAAGCUUCAAUCCAACCUUCAGAACAAGUUUCUCCUUGCCCCAGAAUGGUUGAAGAACGAUGAGCCACGUCUAGAUGAUAUCUACACAAAGCUGUACAUCACAUCAGGGUGCGACGGACACAUCAACCAUGAGCAUGAGGUCAUCGAGCUUGAGAUGAAACCAGCAGGAACAGAGAACCCCAUCAAACCUUGUGACAUGUUCAAACACCCCUCUGGAAGAUACAAACCCAUAAGAACAGUUCUGACAAUUGGAAUCGCAGGAAUUGGCAAAACCUUUCUCGUGAGAAAGUUUGUGUUGGAUUGGGCUGAAGGAAGAGCCAAUCAAGAUGUGCAUCUCAUUUUCCCUCUCAACUUCCGCCAGCUGAAUUCGUGUAAGGACCGUUUUUGUUUGGCAGAGCUCAUUCAUGAAUUCCUCCCAGAGUCCAGAGACAUCCAGAAAGAGAGUGAAUUCAAAAUUCUGUUUGUCUUGGAUGGACUGGAUGAGAGCCGUCUUUGUCUGGACUUCUCUACCAGUGGAGAUCAGGCAUUUAACUUGGAUGUGACAGCGCCAACCUCAGUAGACGUGCUGCUGACGAACCUUAUCAACAAGAAACUGCUGGCCUCCGCUCGCCUCUGGAUAACCACGCGACCUGCCACAGCCAGUAAAAUCCCUCGAGAGUUCAUCAGCGUCAUGACAGAGGUCCGAGGGUUCACCGACCCACAGAAGGAGCAGUACUUCAGGAAGAGGUUCAGAGACGAGGACCAGUCCAGCAGAAUUAUCUCCCACAUCAAGACAUCACGAAGCCUCCACAUAAUGUGCCACAUUCCAGUCUUCUGCUGGAUCACUUCUGCAGUUCUGGAGGAGGUGAUGAACCCCAAAGAGGGAGUAGAGCUGCCCAAGACACUGACUGAGAUGUAUAUCCACUUCCUGGAGUUUCAGAUGCGUCAUACAAAAAAUAAGUACAACCAAAAACAAUGCAUUAAGUGUAUUAAGUCAUUAGCAAAACUGGCUUACCACCAACUGGAAAAGGGCAACCUGGUCUUUACAAAGGAAGAUCUCAAAGAGAGUGGCAUCGAUGUGAGUGGAGCCUCGGUGUGCUCUGGAGUGUUCACAGAGAUCUUCAAAGAGGAACGUGGGAGAAGGAAUAAUGAAGACAAGUUGUUCAGCUUUAUCCAUCUGAGUGUUCAGGAGUUUCUUGCAGCUUUUUAUGUAGAGAUGGCAGCCACUACCAAACACAAGAAUGUAAUGUGUGAGCCGGGUCAAACUUGUGGGGAACAAGUGAAAAUGUUUUUAAGCAGAACAUCGAUGUCUGAGAUCUACAAGUUUGCUAUUGACAAGGCCUUGAUGAGUCCAAAUGGACACCUGGACCUGUUCCUCCGAUUCCUCUUGGGUCUCUCUCUGCAAACCAAUAAGAAUCUCCUACGAGGUCUGAUGACACAGACAGGAAGAAGCGCAGAGUCCAAUCAGAAAACAGUUGAGUACAUCAAGAAGAAGAUCAGCGAGAAUCAGUCUCCAGAGAGAAGCAUCAACCUGUUCCACUGUCUGAAUGAACUGAACGAUCGUUCUCUAGUGGAGGACAUUCAACAGUACCUGAGCUCUGAAGGUCUCUCCACGAAUAAACUGUCUCCUGCUCAGUGGUCAUCUCUGGUCUUCAUCUUACUGUCAUCGCGGGAUGAUUUGGCUGUGUUUGACCUGAAGAAAUAUUCUGCUUCAGAGGAGGCUCUCCUGAGGCUGCUGCCAGUGGUCAAAGCCUCCAACAAAGCUCUGCUGGGCAGCUGUAAUCUGUCAGAGAGAUGCUGUGAAGCUCUCUCCUCACUUCUCAGCUCCAGGUCCUCUAGUCUGAGGGAGCUGGACCUGAGUAACAACGACCUGCAGGAUUCAGGAGUGAAGGUGCUCUCUGCUGGACUGUGUAGUACAAGCUGCCAACUAGAGGCUCUAGGGUUGAAUCAAACCAAGCUCACAAAGAUUGGCUGUCAGGACCUCGCAUCGGUUCUCUGCUCCCAGUCCUCCCAUCUGAGGGACUUGGACCUGAGUAACAACGGCCUUCUCGAUUCAGGAGUGAAGCUGCUCUCUGCUGGACUGGAGAGUAGUCAUUGUGCACUGAAGACUCUCAGGCUGAGUGGCUGUAAUCUAUCAGAGAGAAGCUGUGAAACUCUGUCCUCAAUUCUAAGCUCCCAGUCUUCUACUUUGAAAGAGCUGGAUCUUAGUAAGAACAACCUGCAGGAUUCAGGAGUCAUGUUGCUCUCUGCCGGACUUGAGAAUCUACGCUGUAAACUGGAGACUCUCAGGCUUUCAGGGUGUAUGGUCACAGAGGAAGGCUGUAUUUCUCUGGCCUCAGCUCUAGGAUCCAACCCCUUCCACCUGAGAGAGCUGGACCUGAGCUACAACCACCCAGGAGUGUCAGGUGUGAGGCUGCUGUCUGCUGGCCUGCAGGGUAAACACUGGAAACUAGAAACGCUGAGGGUGGAACAUGGUGGAGAGCAGAGGCUGAAACUUGGCCUGAGGAAAUAUGCCUGUGAACUCACCCUGGACACAAACACAAUGAACAGACACCUCAAACUGUCCGACAACAACAGGAAGGUGACAGUGGAGAAAAGGAAGCAGCUCUACCUCGGUCACCCAGAAAGGUUCGACUACUGGUACCAGGUGUUGUGCACCAAUGGUCUAACCGGUCGCUGUUACUGGGAGGUCGAGUGGAGAGGAGACGUCGAGGUCGCGGCCACUUACAGAGGAAUCAAGAGGAAAGGAGAAAGUGCCGACUGCUCGUUUGAAGGGAACAAUCAUUCCUGGUGUCUGACCUGCUCCACUGUCGACGGUUAUUCCGUCAGUCACAACGACAGGAGCGUCCGCCUGUCCCGCUCCUCCUCCUCUGGCAGAGUAGGAGUGUACGUGGACUGGCCCGCUGGCGCUCUCUCCUUCUACAGAGUCUCCUCCGACGCACCUGUCCACCUCUACACCUUCAACAUCGCAUUCAGCGAGCCGCUGUAUCCCGCUUUCGGGUUUGGGUUGUUCGGCUCCUCCGUGUCUUUGUGUUCACUGUCGGAGGGAGAAACUCCUCCAGUGUAGAGAAACACACACACACACACACACACACACACACACUGCUGCACACACACACACACACACAAACAAACACAGAAAGACACA